CUUCAAAAACCUAUAGUACUAGUAAUAAACUUAGUAAUAUUGAGGAUGGUGAUAUAGAAAUAAUUGUUUUAAAAGAUAAAGAAGCAAAUAACAUAAUUACAAAGCUGUUUCAAGCAGUUUUGGAAGUAACCAAUAAUUAG